AUGUAUUAUAAUAAGAAUACUUUCGCACAUGGUGAAUCAUUAGUAACAAAAAUAGAACAAUUAGAAUUAUUAUUAGCCAUUCGUGAUGUCACAAUAAAACAAUUACAACAUGAAAAAUUACAAAUGUCAGUAACAAUUGAAUAUCAACAAAAGAAAAUCAAAAAGUUGGAUUGUGAACUGGCCAAAACGAAGGAAAAAAUGAACGAUAGACAUCUAUUAUGUUCGCCACAAUUGGUGAAAAAAUAA